CCGGCCUGCUGCCAGCGGGGAGCCGUCUCCCGGCUGAGAGGAGCUGGGACCCUGGGAGUAGGGCCCAUGAGCGCCUCGGCGGCGGUGCCCGACUGCUGCGGGGGCCUAGGCAAUAUAGACUACAAGAAGCUGGGCUUCACCACUCAUAGCAGACUUUUCUAGACAGAGACAGAGGGAGAGAGAAGAGACAAGCUUACCUUGAAGCUUCCUCCAGUGCAGUGGGAGACCAGGCUUGAAUCUGGGUUGCACCUCCUCUCAAGGCAGACCUCUGCGUGAUGGCCCGGCUACUGGGCUACGUGGAUCCCCUGGACCCCAGCUUUGUGGCUGCCACGCUGGCCAUAGCCUUCAACCCACUCUUCUGGAAUGUGGUGGCCAGAUGGGAACAGAAAACCCACAAACUGAGCAAAGCCUUUGGCUCCCCUCACCUGGCCUGCUACACCCUAGGGGGUGCCAUCCUGUUGCUGAAUUUCCUGCGCUCACACUGCUUCACACAAGCCAUGCUGAGCCAGCCCCAGAUGGAGAUCCUGGACAACCCCAUGGCCUACAGUGCGGGGCUGGUGCUUCUGGGCAUGGGCAGCGUGUUUGUCCUCUCCAGCUUCUUUGCACUGGGCUUCACUGGGACCUUCCUAGGUGAUUACUUUGGGAUCCUCAAGGAGGCCAGAGUGACCACAUUCCCAUUCAACUUCCUGGAUAACCCUAUGUACUGGGGCAGCACAGCCAACUACCUAGGCUGGGCUAUCAUGAACGCCAGCCCCACUGGCCUGCUGCUGACCGCUGUGGUGGCUCUUGUCUACAUGCUGGCACUCCAGUUUGAAGAGCCCUUCACUGCUGAGAUCUACCGGCAGAAAGCUUUGCAGGCCCACAAGAGGAGCUGACAGCCUGGGCCCUGUAGAGGACUGAGCUUGGCCUCCCGAGCACCCAUGAUGGGACCAUACCCGUUCUGCUUGGUGCUUGCUGCUGAGGGCUGCCCCAGUGCCUUGGAAAUUGCUGCCUUGGGGGUCACUGGACAUGCUGCUACGUGGCCUCGGGGCCCCUCCAAUUCCAUGUCCUGGUGUACCAAUAAAGAAACCCUGACUCCAGUA